AUGCUGCACGCUGUUAUGCUAGGUAGUGGUCCGGGCCGAGGGAGACACGAAUGGUAUCCGGGAUUUUAUUUGCAACGUCGACGAAUUGGAUGCAGAAUGAACAGAGGCGAGCAGGAGACGUUGUUCCGACAGAGCCGUCAGCUCACGAGGAUCGUGCCGUCCCACGAGGACCUGGUGCUGAGUGUCCUCAAGUCGCCGAUCAGCCAGCACCAGCAUCAGCAACGGCAGCAGCAGUACCAUCACGCGCACCACUCCCACGAGCACCAUGUUAACUGCCAGGGUCAUCACAAUCACAAGAAGUGCACCCAUUCAGGUGAGAACAUCGAGAGUCUUCCACGAAGCAAGGACCAAUGCUCUAGGCUCACGGAGAAGCGAUCGAGCGCCGCGGCUGCUUACGCUGCCCUGCAGGGCAGCGAGGACGAGCUCGUCGCCGAGCACUGUCUCGACUCGGAGGACGCGGCCCUGAAAACGCCCGGCAGCGAGACCGAGGACACCGAGGACAACGGCGGGCAAAUCGAGGAACCGUCGUCACCUGGCCGUCGUUUCACUUUCCUGAGACGCUUCCGUUCGCCGCGAUUCGGCGAGGCCCAUCACAAGAGGGUGCCCACGCCGAUGAAGAGAAAGUACCGGCGGAAAAAGAGCAAGGACGAUAUUAUCGACAGCGAGAUGAACGCGACCGAGGUCGAGCCGCCCAGUUUGAAUCAAGCCGGCGUGCCUGAUCCCUAUUACCCGAUUUAUCUGCCGAUCGACCAGGCGUUCAAAGCCAAGUACGUGUUCCAUCACAAGAAGGGGAAGACCUUCCAGGAACGACUGUACGUGUUCCUCGAGCAUCCAGGCGGUUGGAUCUGCUUCGUCUAUCAUUUCACUGUGUUCAUGGUGGUAUUGGUGUGCCUCAUAUUUAGUGUUUUGUCAACCAUAGACCAGUACAGUAAUUUCGCGAACGAAACGCUGUUUUGGAUGGAAAUAUGUUUGGUGGUAUUCUUCGGUGUGGAGUACCUGGUACGAUUAUGGAGCGCAGGCUGCAGAUCAAAGUACAUGGGCUGCUGUGGCAGGCUGCGAUUCAUACGGAAACCGAUUUGUAUCAUAGCGUUCUCCUAUCAAAACUUUCAGGAGCUGAUCACGACACUGUACAUCGGGUUCCUAGGUCUUAUUUUCAGCAGUUACUUCGUGUAUCUUGCCGAAAAAGAUGUUAUUGGGCCCGAUGGAAAAACAGACUUUUCCAGUUACGCAGAUGCACUGUGGUGGGGGGUGAUUACCGUGACCACUAUCGGCUACGGUGACACUGUCCCACAAACGUGGAUGGGAAAAAUAGUCGCUUCGUGUUUCAGCGUAUUCGCCAUAUCAUUUUUCGCACUUCCAGCCGGCAUAUUGGGCUCGGGUUUCGCGCUGAAAGUCCAGCAAAAACAACGACAGAAGCACUUCAAUCGGCAGAUACCGGCUGCCGCGAUGUUGAUACAGUGCCUAUGGAGAUGUUACGCCGCCGACAAGGCCAUCAACAGCGUAGCGACAUGGAACAUCUACAUAAAGGACCCAGCGCCCGCCGGACAACCGUCCACUCCUUUGGGAAAGUCUCUGAUGAUCCAGGUGGCAAAGAAGGCGAGCGUGCUGAAGAGGCGGAAGUCGCGGAACCGGAUGGACAUGCAACAGCAACAACAACAACAACAACAACAGUCGCUGCCGCCGGUCACGAUAUCCGGCGGUGUUUCGAGCAGCGCCACUGGCGACCCCAGCAGCCAAAAUGACAAUCAACGAAUGGAGAACGAGGGUGACGUCAUCUUCUACAUGGAGGAACCGAAAGCGGGAACACCGAAUCGGGCCAGACGCGACAACCGGGGAAGCCUCUUCACCUCGCAGACAAGCUCCGUCACGGAGGCCACCAGCGACGAAAUUGACAUUGAUAUCGAGGAACCGCAGAGGGUCACCACGCUGACCGAGGCACAUCGAAACGCCAUAAGGGCGAUCCGAAAGAUCAAGUACUUCGUCGCGAGGCGGAAGUUUCAGCAGGCCCGUAAACCGUACGACGUGCGCGAUGUCAUCGAGCAGUAUAGCCAGGGUCACCUGAACAUGAUGGUCCGGAUAAAAGAGUUACAAAGGAGAUUAGAUCAGACCCUGGGCAAGCCAGGCAGCUAUCUGGCCGGAAUCGACCGGGCAGGCAACGUAAAGCCGAUGACGAUAGGCGCACGCCUAUACAGGCUCGAACAGCAGUUGUCCGUGAUGGACAAGAAAUUGGACCAGCUGGGCUACGUGCUGAACGCGGUCGCGCAAAAGCAACAAAUACCCCUGAGGAGUAUAGAGGACGACGUGUAACAGAAAGCCCCCGGCGAGCUCGUGCCAUCUGUUUCGCGAUCACCGGCGAUCCCGUGGACUUUGCCCCGCGUCACCAUAACCACCGUCGCUCCGAGCAUGCUCAGCGAGAGCUCUUGAAUCCGUUGCUUGCUCGAUCAGCCGAGGAGCCAGGGAACGCUACUCCUGUCCCAACGAUCGCACGGACGACAUUAAGCACGAAGGUGGGAAGAAAAUGAGAUUCAAAGGAAACUGGACGGACAAUUCGAACGACUGGCUCUGGUUCUUAUCUGCUAUGCCAGAGGUCAAUGUGAAUGCAGCAGGAUUAAAGCUAACGAAAAAUUAAGAAAGGAAGGGACAAGAUUUUGGAAGACAGAAGAAACUGGAUUCUGAACAUGGGAAUUGUUAGUUGGUUGAGAUUACAUCGUACGAAACUUUUAUGGAUUUGGAUGGGUGGAAGGAAAGAAGAUUACGAAGAAAUGGGAAUCGAAGAAAAUGGAAAAAUGGGAUACAACUGAAUUCUGGGAAGGACACUGAACGGACAAUUCGAACUACUGGCUCUUCUUAUCUGCUAUGCCAGAAGUCGAUGUGAAUGGAGCAGGAUUAAAGACAACGAAAAAUUAAGAAAGGAAGGGACAAGAUUUUGGAAGACAGAAGAAACUGGAUUCUGAACAUGGGAAUUGUUAGUUGGUUGAGAUUACAUCGUACGAAACU